GGAGAGCACUCCGCAUUGACGUUGACGCUAAAAUGGCCGCCGUGAAAGAUAUUUUCGUCUCGCGAUCCGCGUUGGAGACAAUCCGACGCCUGGAGAAGGAGGACGGACUCGGAUUACUCAUCGGAGAGGACAGCAUAGACUUCAUAAAAGUUUGGAAAUGUACCAGAUUGAGCGAAAGGGUUCAAGAAGAUGCCAUGAAGACGUGUCAACUUCUGCCAGGUGGCUUAACUGCACUCGGACUGUACAGUGUUUCGUCUGCUCCCACCGCCUCCUCCGCGACUGGAAACGAUUCGGAGGACAGCAACGACCCUCUUUCCUCUGUUAUAAGUGUUUUGAUGAAUUUUCUGAAAGUUAAGUAUUUUUUACUGUUAAAUUAUGACGAUACUAACCCGCACAGUUCUGCGAUGUUUUUGUAUUCGUGUAUCGCGGGCGACGUGAAGCGAACGAGGAGCGAGUGGACAGCUGUUGCCGAAGAAGGGAACCUGAAGGACGAACACGUUCGUUUCAGGCUCAAAACCCAGUUGCCUUUGAGCUUUAAGUACGAUCCCAAGUCGGAUAAAUUAAUUAAAACCAUCAGAACCGAAGUGGAACACUUGUGUCAAUUGGUCGGUUCCCCGUCGACUGUGUUUCAUAUAAACGACAGCAAAUUGUUGCUGUCGCCGGAUUCGAUGAGCAACAACGAAGUCGAGGAAGACGAAGAUUGUGAACAGCAAUACUGGAAAAGUUAUGAAUCGAACGAAAUGUGCAGAGACAUCGUUAAAUACAUCGAAACAGAUGAAGAGAAUUUUAUUACCAUGCCCAAAUCGAAAAAGAAAAAUGCAGGCAGUUUAAAUCGUUCUAUUUCUGUUAGUAUGUACACAUCGACAUUUUGUAAUACAGAUCCUAAACGGACACCGUCUUGUGCUCCUCUCAUCCAUCAAGAAAUGGGAGAAUUUCUUCAAGUUUCUGUACCUUUGAAGAUAGAUGCUAUAGCUUAUGUUUCUUUGAAUUGUCCAAUAAGCAAAGUGGCUUCAAUUCUCGCCACUGCCGUGUGUCGCCAGAUUCUUGCGGCUGAACUUUGCAUUACCGAAAACAGACAAGGUUCAACUUUUUCCAUACCUCAAACAUAUCAUAUCCAACUACCUCAGUCGACGUUUAUUGUUUCUGUCACAUAUCCAGAAGACGUCGAGGAAAAUACACUGGAAUAUCAAAGGAAGUGUCUUCAUCAACUUUUUUGUCUCCCUCUUACUAAGCCAUGUUUCCGAAAAACUAAUGCCUAUAUUUUUCCUGAAGAUGUUGCACCCAGAAACAGUUACUUAAUCAACCCUCAUGUUAGCUUGCUAUCAGCAGCCAAAAGUGCAACACAGCACGUUGUACAAGGUCGCUGCAGCUAUCACCAUUAUAUGCAAGAUAACUGUGAUGACAAUAAAUGGGGUUGUGCAUAUAGAUCUCUACAAACCCUGAUAUCUUGGUUUCGACUUCAAGGCUAUACUUCUGCUCCAGUCCCAACUCAUCGCCAAAUUCAGCAAGCUCUUGUAGACAUAGGCGAUAAACAGCCACCGUUUGUUGGCAGCCGUCAGUGGAUCGGUUCUCUUGAAGUGAGUUUCUGUUUAGAACAUCUGAUUGGAGUCCAAAGUCGAAUCAUGAACGUCUCCUCAGGUGCUGAAAUGUCAAAUUAUGGCAGAGAACUUUCAAUGCAUUUUGAUUCUGUUGGAACUCCAAUUAUGAUAGGUGGGGGUGUCCUUGCCCACACAAUCAUUGGAGUUGAUUACAAUGAAGUGACUGGAAAUAUGAAAUUUCUUAUUCUUGAUCCCCACUAUACAGGGGAAGAAGACCUUCAGUACAUUCUAAACAAGGGCUGGUGUGGUUGGAAAGGACCUAACUUUUGGGAUAAGAAUGCUCAUUAUAAUCUUUGUAUGCCUCAGAGACCAAAAGUUAUCUAAUGAACUUUAGUUUUGCCUUUUCUAUUGGAAGCAACAAAAUGACAGAAUCAUGUAUUUGAUUUUAAUUGAUUUUACUAAAAACUUUAUUGGACAAAAUAAAAUAAAAUUCUCUAUAUUUUUUAGUUUUCAAAUAUUAUAAAAAAGAAUUCACCAGUGUAAGAAAUAUUUUAUUGUUAUUUGUUUUUAUUGUUAUUUAAUCCUAGGUCUACCCUGAUCCAUCAGGCCUAUGAUAAAAGUGACUCCAGACUGGACCACCCUGUCUUUUUAUAUACCUAAUACCGCAUUAUCCAAUGCCUUCUUCCAUUUUUUUUAAGACACUUGGGUACCUUCUGAAGAAGAAUUGUUUGCUCUCUUUAACAGGUUAAACAACCAUGUAGGCUAAUGAUUCUUAAUGUGGGUGACAUUGCCCCAUUAAGGGCAUUGUGAGCUCACAAAGGAGCAGUAAAUGUCAAGGUGACACUAUAGGUGGAAUUGUGUAUUUAGAGGGGUUAUCAUUUUCUUAAAUAUUAUAUUUUAACCCUUUAGCAAGCCAAAUAUCCGACCUGUUUUAGGUUCAGAUCCUGCCUGUCACACCUCCCCUACAAUGUUAUUCUAAAAAUACACAACCCAGUUACAUCAUCAAAAUCUCAAAGCUGCGAGACAAUGCAUGAUUAAUUCAAAACAAUGUGAAUAAAUAAACAUCACAUGUCACCGAAUAAGCGGAAUGCUGAAGGGUGAAGCACAUUUUCCAGAAUAUCUUGGAUGAGAUGAAAAUAUGCAUCUGACAUUGUGUUAUCAGUGGCCAGGAACAUGACAGAUGUGAUCACAUUUAUAUAAGUCCUUGCCUUUAGUAAUUUAAAUUAGGUGCACUAAUUCACAUAAAUAUCUAA